AUGGGACGCCCACGAUAUUGAUAUUUUACGCUCAAAUACAAUUUCCCUCCUUCCUUCUUGUGAUAUAGUUUUUUUCUCGCUUCACAUCGAUUUUAAUGUACAGCGGAAUCAUCCAUGAAAACCGCCAUGUUUACGAUUGGAAACGAUCGGUUGUCGUUGUUGACGGUUUCAACUUUUUCCCUUACAAUGUUGCUGCUGUCCCGCCCAACUUCGCCUUUGGAAGUUAUCGCUUCGUUGCCUUUUUAAACUAAGGGAGACACUGGCACGUACUUGAAAAUUAAGAGGUUUUCGUGCUAGUUUCCUUGCCGAUAUCAAAAUGGGUAACAAGCUGAUUAAGUCACGAAGGAAGAUCGACAAACCAACACCUGUCAUAUAUCCUAAUCGACCAGUUCGGCCGUUGAGGAGAUCAGUCGAAGGAAAUUCAAGCGUUGUAUACUCUAAUUUUCCUCGAAUCGUGGCUGAGUUUCGUCAUUAUCGUGGUUCUGAAACAAACUUAGAAGACGAAGAUGAAGAAGAUGAACAACCCAGAACGUAUCACGAAGAGGUUCACUGUUGUGUGUUUUCACCUGACGACGAAGCUUUGCUUUUGACAUCAACUACACCAACUCCUUGCGGACCGUUUACCCCUGAUAUAGGACUCGGCCAUUUAAGAGAAUUUGAUAUAAACUCAGGGUAUUGCAAAAGGGAACUCCUCACUUAUCACUCGCAAGAGUGCGACAUCUCGUCCGACGGCAAUCUAGUAUCUUUCCUUACUAACUCUGGGCAAGGAGAAGUCGCGAUUAUCAGACGAAACCGAAAUUCUCAAGGCGAAAUCGCAGAACGAGGGGAUAAAUUUCAGCCUUGUUGCACCGGAAUGACUGGUCAAACACUUUGCUGUAAGUUUUCACCAGAUGCUCGCCACAUUGUAAGCGCUGCUUCCCUCGAUUUCCAUAGUAUGAGGGAGACCAACGAGCUGCGAUUGUGGAACGUGAAGUCCAUGCAGAUCGAGGCGAGAGUUGUAUUGCGCGAUAUAACAGACUUCUGUGGCUUCGUUACCCGUUGUGAAUUCUCUCCCGAUGGUCAAUACCUCGCUGUCUCGACAUCCAAAGAACAACUGUGCAUCUUACGUAGCAAAAAUCUGGAUGUCGUGACCGUUCUAAGGAGAAGAUGCAGAGGAAAUAUGUGCUGGAGUGUCUAUAAUCCUGCGUGGAGAUUCGAGGUGCUUGCGUGUUGUUUGCAGGAUGGUCGCGUGGAAAUCUGGCGUAAGGUCGAAGUUCUUUCCAGUGCCCAUGCUGGUGAACUGCGCUAUGCACGGGAGAAAGAACGUAAAGUAUCAUUUUCCCGAAUGUUGUACUCCUGCCAGUAUUCCCCUGACGGACAGAUGAUUGCUGUUGGAACGUCAGAUGCCAAUAUUAUUAUGCUAAAUUCAGAAAGUCUGGAUACGCUCUUUUGUUUAGAAUGCAAAACAGAACCCAGCCCUUUUGGUCUCAGAAUUCAAAAUACCACUGUUUACUGCAUUGCUUUUUCUAAAUCACAGCAGUAUGUAGCUGCUGGUUAUAGUGACAGUAUGGCUCGAGUUUGGGCAAUGCCCAUGAGAUUUGACUUGAAACAUUUGUGCAGAGUAGUGAUCUUACACAGUGUGCCAGGAAAUCAAAUCAAUUCACUUCCAGUGCCAAAUGGUAUCAAGACAUACCUCUUAAACAAUUACAAAUGAGUUGAGAUUAACAUUUCAGGACUGAAAUGACUCUGUAAAUAGUGUUUCAACUAGAGAAUUUAGGGUACAGCAUGAUGUUGGAAUAGAAUAAUUUUAAAUUGAUAUUCUUUUCAGAUAAUGAAAAAUGAUCAUUUGGCUUCCAAGAGGGGAGACAGUCAAUCAGCUUAGUUGCCAUCCACAGAACACUCCUUGUGCAGAAUUUGACUUAGACUGCUGUAUUACAUGCACUGACAUGCAACUCUAUUGUUUGCUAAAUCCUUAUCAGCUAAAUCAUUCCAGGUAGCAAAAGUUAUUUGGAGCGAUAUUAAAACCGUAAGUUUCAACAUAA